AUGAAAGUCGCAGGUUGUGGCAUUCAUGGUUUUCACGAGACCGUCGGUCUCGAUGUUGACGAGAUACGAGUGUUCUGGACCCUGGAGAGCGAUGAGUUUGCUGAACAAACAGCAUAUCGUGUUGUGAUCUCCACAUCAGAGCCUGGCGUUGCUGCUGAACCCUCCCCAGACGUCGACACCGGCAAAGUGUCAACAGACCAGCAGCGAAAUGUCCUCUGCAAACCCAACGGUGGUUUUCGCUCAACAUGCAACUAUUACUGGAGAGUGACGGUGUGGGAUGGGGACGAUGUCGCUACGCACUCUGAGAUUCAGACCUUCUUCACCGCGUACCCACGAUCCCAGCUGCUGCCGCCCUACUCCAUGAACCAGAAGUACAUGCCACAUUCAAGUCUUAUCUUUCGCACAUGGUUUGAGGAUAUCGAAAACAAGUGGAAAGCUGUAUGGAUAGGUGACGGCGGCGACAAGCCAUUGUACCUUCGCAAAGGCUUCAACUUAGCUUGCAAACCAACCAAGGCCAUAGCUCUUGCAUCAGGUCCCGGACACUUUGAUCUACACGUGAAUGGUCGACCUGCUUCUGAUCAUGUUAUCGAUCCUGGUUGUAAGUGUAGUCAUACGUCUGCAUAUCGUAUUGUACUAACCACUUCCNNAGGGUCAAAUUAUCAUCGGACUGUUCAAUACGUCGGGUACGACUUGACAGCACACUUAACAGCUGGAGAAAACGUCCUCGCAGCGCAUCUAGGCAACGGCUUCUAUGCUGGUAGCGGUACAGAGGAAGACAGGUUCUUCUGGCCAAUGUACGAAGACAACACUUAUGUUCGCUAUGGCAAUGAGUUGUGCUUCUUUGCAGAGCUCCAUCUGUCUUACGAAGAUGGUACUCAUGAUAUCAUACACACCGAUCCAUCAUGGAAGGUCCGCAAAAGCGCAACCACACUUGCAAACAUCUAUGCCUCCGAAACGCAUGACAUGCGUUUGUAUCCCGAUGGAUGGACAUCCCCAGGCUUCGACGAGAGUGAAUGGACUCCUGCAAAGCCUUUGACCGGACCUCGUGGAGUACUUCGCUAUCAGAGUCAACCGCCUGUUGUCCUGCACGAUCGACUUGAGCCAAAGUCUACCUCGAGUCCCCGCCCUGGAGUUGUCUGCUUCGACCUUGGGCAAAACGCUUCUAUCAUGCUUCAUCUGUCUGUAGUAGGACCAGCAGGCUCUGAGAUCAUCGUUCGCUACUCAGAAACAGCAAAUGCCGAUGGAACAGUUCUAAUGCCUGACCCAUUGUUCAAGGACUUCGAGACCAAGGUUUACUCCAAGAUCUAUCUGGCUGGAACUGGCGCACCUGAAGAUUGGCGUCCUGACUUCUCGUUCACCGCCGCUCGCUACAUCCAGCUUGAGGGUGUUGCCAUGGAGGAAGGACAGGGAUUUCCUGUUGUUCGAUCUCUAUAUGCAAGACACAUCUCCUCUGCAUCUCAACGCGUCGGUUCGAUGAAGACGGAUAAGGAAGAUGUAAACGCAUUGAUCAAAGCAUCUCAUUGGUCGCUAUCGAGCAACAUAUUCAGCUACCACACCGACUGCCCGCAGAUCGAGAAGUUCGGGUGGCUUGAAGUGACGCAUUUGCUUGCUCCUGCUUCGCAAUACAUCUUCGGGAUGGAGGCUCUCUACACCAAGAUUAUCUACGACAUGAUCGACGCUCAAGAGCCUAGCGGUCUUGUUCCAACUAUGGCGCCAGAGAUCAGAUACAUGUGUGGGCCUCUGCAUGAUACAAUAUCUUGGGGUGGAGCACUCUGCUUGUUGCCGGAGCUGCUGGUAAGAUACUAUGGCUCUACUUGGGUCAUACCACAAGUCUACCCUGCCGCUGUUCGGUACAUGGACUACAUGAAGAUAAAAGAACGCCUCGGAGGAUUGAUUGAACACGGACUAGGAGAUUGGGGCCGUGAUAUUGCUUGGGGCAACCUGCAAGCCAACAUCGAGACCGCAUACUACUACAAGUGCCUGCAGAACACAGCAAUGAUGGCCAGGUACCUUGGUCGUACUUACGAAGCUGCCAAGUAUGAGGACUGGGCUGCGCGUGUCCUCAGGGUCUACAACAAGGAGCUUCUUGUCACAGAUGACAAAGACCUGCCUUAUGCCUACUACACCUCUCGCGACAAUAUCGGUCAAAGAGACUGUCAAGCUGUUGCUCAAGCCUACGCUUUACAAUUCAACAUGGUGCCUUCGCAGCGCAUCUCCUCCGUCCAGAAUGCCUUCCUCGCAAGCAUUAGCGACAACCGCAUUCGCUCGGGUGAGCUCGGCCUGAAAUGCAUCUUCGAAACUCUCAUCGAUCUACGCCGCCCCGACAUUGUUUUAGCAAUGGCAAGACAGGAAGAACAUCCCAGCUACAUGCGCUUCCUUCGCAGAGGCGAGACCACUUUCCUGGAGUUCUGGCAAGAUGAGUGUCGAUCUAAAAGCCAUGAUCUGUUCUGCACCAUCCACGAAUGGUUCUAUGCUGGUGUGUUGGGCAUAAGACCUCAGGGAGAUGCGUACAAGACGUUCACAAUUGAGCCGCCGUAUGACUCGGAGUUCAAGGAUGUUGAGGGUCAUGUGGACUGUCCUUAUGGUAGAAUUGAUGUCAAGUUCAACCAGACUGCUGAGAGAGUGGCUCUUGAAGUCUCAGUCCCAGUGGGUACUCAAGCUUCGAUUCUUAUUCCCAGAAGGGUUGGGACUUCGUUUGAAGUACUUCGAGGCCGUGAGACUAUCAAUGUGGAGAGGGAUGGGCAAUACGUGGUGUUGAAGCAUGGCAGCUACUCUAUCAUAUUCCGGUAA